CAAAUGUCUGCAGCAAACCAGGGGUGAGUUUCAUUGCGUUCAGACUCUUUUGCCAAACAAGAUGCUGCGAAGUAUCAUCCUGAUCACCCUGCUGAUAUCCUCAGUUUGUGCUCUUCACUGGGAAAUGCACAAAGAAGAGUCUAAUGGAAAUGAAAUAGAAGAAGGCUCUGGUGAUAUACAAACAGAACAACUCCCUGGAAUGUGCUGGGCUUGCAAGUGGGCCAUGAAGAAGUUGAAAAGACGGCUCUCCAACGGCGCGACUGCGGAAGAAAUUAAAAAGAAGCUGUCGAUGGUCUGUGAUGAGAUCGGGUUCCUAAAGUCACUGUGUAGGAAGUUCGUGAACAAGUACAUGGACACUCUGGUCGAAGAACUUUCAACUACUGAUGAUGCCAGAACCAUCUGUGCUAACAUUGGCAUUUGCAAGAAAAAGGCAUGGAGAAAUUAGUUCAUUCGUGCAAAAAUUUUAAUUCUGUCAUCAAUUACGCACACUCAUGUCGUUUCAAGACUUUCGUUCAUCUUUGACACACAAAUCUGAGAGAUUUCUGUCCCUUCAUUGAAAAUCACACGUGUGACUUCUCUGUUCAUAUGCAAAUAAAAGCCAACAUUUAAUCUGUUCAUCAUAUAAAGCGAUCGCAUCUCUUCAGAAUACUGGAUUAAACCGCUCAAUUCGAAUGGAUUUCUUCUGCAAUCUCUUUAUUAAAGUUUUGACGCGUCACAGUUUUGGG